CAUGCUUCCAAUCACCAGCAGACCACCAAUCUUUAGGGUGGUGCAACGUUCGCACUGGCCUCCCCGUGAGAGGUUGCAUAUAUCUUGGCCACGCCGUACGACCUUGACACCCCCUCCCGUUCCUGCAUAGCGUCUCUGCUUUCCCACCACAUUCCUCCUUGAUCGCCCUUUCUUGUGUUUCUUGAGCUUGAAGUCAUUCGGUCCAUCCUUUCGGAUCAUGGCAGGCGUCAUCUCUGCCGCCAACCUGGGCGGAGUGGCCGAUCCCCGCCUAGGGGAUGAGGCGGAUAUCAUCGGCACCGAGGAAGAGCAUCGCGUCACCAUUGAGAAACCUUCCGGUCAUGCGCUCCAUACCAUCCCCGCUCCCAUCUUGCACGGAAAAGAGUCGAUCUACCUGGACAGCAAGAUCACCUUCGAGAACUACCUCUUCUGGGCCAAACGCUCCCGCGAGGUCGAGACGCAUAUUCGGACCGAUGACAAAGGCUUGCAGCAGCUGGGAAAUGUCAUUAUCGGACGCAAGAUCAAGCCGGACCCACCGCAACUGACUCCCCAACCCGAGGCGACGUCUGAGAAGGCGAUUUCAGAGAAACAGCGGUCAACACCUGAUGACGCGAACUCAACGUCGGAUUCCAAGGAGGGAUCAGGGGAUAAGGUGGACCGGUAUGGCAUCAGCGAGACAGAAUGGGAACAGGCACAACGCGCCGCUCGUACAGCAACCUGGGGAUCCAUCUUCUAUCUUAUCACUACCGAUAUUCUAGGACCGACUAACGUGCCAUGGGCUAUCAGUCAAAUGGGUUAUGGACCAGGAUUUGCACUGUAUACUGUUUUCGGAAUCAUGGCAUACUACUCUGGCAUGCAGUUGUGGAAAAUGUUUGUCGGUUUGGAUUCCACGCGGUAUCCGAUGCGCAAUUACGGAGACCUGGCCUUCCGGGUGUACGGCACUUGGGCCCGCAUUCUUGUCAACGUCCUUCAGAGCUUCCAAUUCUUCCUCAACGUGUCCUUGUUGAUCGAGAGUAGUGGUCAGAGUCUGGCCCAGAUGGCCCAGGGUUCCAGUGGCAACGGCUUCCUUUGCUUCGUUGUCGCUGAGGUGAUCUUCACCCUCAUUGGUUUCGUGCUCGGUCAGAUCCGGACCCUGCAGCGUUUGUCCUGGUUGUCCAACCUCGCAAUCUGGCUUAAUGUUAUCGUGAUUAUCAUGACUAUGGCCGUGGUCUAUGAGUACCCACCGAACUACUCCGCCGCUUGGACUACCUACAAAACACCCAAGGGCCCGGUCAAGACGAGCGCAAAUUGGCCCGAGUCCGCUUCGUUGUACGAUCGGAUGACAGCCGUGAUGAAUUGUGUCUUUGCGUAUGGUGGUGCCACCCUAUUCAACGAAUUGAUGGCGGAGAUGAGACGACCAUUUGACUUCUGGAAGGGAUUUUUGUGUGCCGAAGUGUUCAUCUAUAUCUGUUACCUGGUGGAAGGCAUGGUCGUAUACAACGCACAGGGACAGUUUACCUACAACCCAGCUUAUCAAGGUAUCCCGGACUCUGCCUACAGCUACCAGACCCUGGGCAAUGCGCUUUCUUUCAUCACCUCUGUCAUUGCGGCCCUUCUUUACGGCAACAUCGGCAUCAAGGUCUUCUACUCCUCCGUGCUACGUGACGUGUUUCACAUGCCACCUCUCGACCACCGGACCGGCAAAUUCAUCUGGAUCGCGCUGGUUCCGAUCUACUGGGCCCUCGCCUGGAUCAUCGCCGGCGCCAUUCCCCAAAUCAGCAACCUGACCUCAUUCGUGGGCGCUCUGUGCAUCCUACAAUUCUCCUACACCUUCCCGCCAAUGCUCCUAGUCGGCUACAACAUUCAGAAAGAUGCCAUGCUUCCCGAGGAAGUAUUCGACCCUCACACAGGCGAGACUAAGCGCGUCGACCAUGGUCUGAAGCGUUGGAUCCGCGGCUACAAGAAGAAGUUUGCCAUGAACACCUUUGACAUUUUGUAUUCUCUGGCGGCACUGGGAACCGCAGGCAUGGGUCUGUGGGCGUCAAUUGUGGCCAUGAGACAGUCUUUCGCUGAGACGAAACUGACGCCGUUUACUUGCACCAACCCGGCUGGUUAGUGUAUGGUUGCCCGUUAUGUAGUAGUGAUGGUGUUGGGGAUACUAGUGGAGGUGGGAGUGAAGAUUAGCAAGUCAGAUGAGUAGUAGUAAUAGUAGUAUUGUAGUUCGCCGCUCUUGAAUGUCGCUUAGCGAGACAUACGUGAUCAAAUGAAAAAUGUUCGACCCUGGCACCGGAUGUAACUAUGGCUAGGAUAGAAUAAUAAAUUUGACAUAUUU